AUGCAGACCCGGCGGUCCAAAAAGGCCGUCGAGCCUCCGCCAUCCUCGUCUCCUCCACAGCCCAUCAGGAGAAACCCACCUCGAGCGACUAAGCGGCGUGGAAACGAGGCCGUCGCCAGGGAAUCUAGUUCCUCCCCUAGCCCUCCUCCGAGCUCUUCGCCUACAAGACCGACGACUUCUCUCAUUCUUCCUCCUCCUCCUGCUCCUUCUUCUUCUUCUCUCCCAUCUCGUCCACCUCCGCCAGCAACCCCAUCACAUUCGUCCCCUGUGCUACCAAGCAUAGAACCUCCAAAGGGUCUAACAUCUGUGCCACGCAAAGGUUCCAUUGUGUUUGAUCCAAAGCCGCGUCGUGGCGCUCCUCGUCAUCCCAGCGUCAGUAGUAUAGCGACAAACCCUAGGAGGGACAACACUGACGACGAGGACGACGAGGACGACGAAAGCAUUGCCCCAGAGCCCAAAUCUGCGGCUCAGCUACUUGAAGAAGAGAUGGUCCAAAAUGAUGUCGAAGAGGCUGAGCAUGAGAUGAAGCUCGAGGCCGUGCCUUCGUUAGCUCGGGACGCCAAGAACCUCAUCGGCCAGUUGCAAAACAAGUCACGGCCGUCUUACGAAAAGGUGCUCCUCAUGAAACUGCAGUCAUUCAAGGCGUCUCGCAGCAUUUUCCAGGCUUCUCACCAAGCAUCCCCUUUUCUCGACUGGGAUUGGGUGGACAAGGCGGGAGAGGACAUCUCGGAGACGGAGAAUGCAGCCAUUCCACUCUCUAUCAAGCUGGCAAACAUUGCCACUGCUCUCAUGCAAAUAGAAAGCAUCGAGUCUGAGGGAGACAAUCCUGUGCCUUUUCUCGAGGCCGUAGACACCCUCUUUCCUCUGCAUUUUGCCGCGGAAGAAACGCAAUACAGGUCAAUGUCUCUGGAAAUCCGCACCCAGCGAGCCAUCGAGAGCAUAGCAAGGUCACCUCAGGCUACAGACCUGCGCGGCAUGCUGGGCCACGCGUUUUGUAAUAUGAAUGCUCCAGACGCCCCGGGCGACUAUGGCAGCCUUUUUAGCAAAGGCCCUUAUAAGCCUCUAGCGGACCUCGAUCAACAAUCGCUGGUCGAUGUUUGUUCGCAAAGAGUCUCCAACGUGUGGAAGAUAAUGUCUGAUGGCGGCAAGAGAGGGAUUAGGACUCCCGUGGAUCUGCCCAGCAUCCGAGCUCAGUACUCCCUCAAAGAGACGCUUAAAGACCUCAAAGAAUGGCUCAUGGACAGAUAUUCAACAAUUUCACAUUUGUUGAACAGGGCAGAGCAAGAGAAAGUCGCCAUGGAGAAAGAGAGGCUACGUGAGCAAUGGCGCGCCGAAGAGCAGCGGCUAUUCCGAGAGCAGCGAAAAGCUCGAGAGGAAGCGCGGCAAGCCCGAGAGAGGGAGCAAAAGGCUCGAGAAGAAGCCCGACAAGCUCAAGAGCGAGAGAAACGUGCUCGAGAAGCAGCAAAACAAGCCCGCGAGAGAGAGAAACACGCCCAAGAGCAAGAAAGAGCUCGCAAGGAGAAGGAGCGGCAAACUCGACAAGACAGGACUCGAAAGGCAGACAAGAGAGGGGCCCGCGAAGAAACAUACCCAGAUCCCCCACCCCUCGGCGACGAGAAUAGUUAUCCCGAUCACGAUUCUUUGGACGGAUCCUCCCAAGAUCUGAGCAUCUCCCAGCAAGAGCCGCCGCCACAACGGUUUAAAAGCCGAGAUAGAGACAGCUCUUUAUUUAUGGGCAGACAGCUACUUGGUCUACUCGGCGGUGUAUCUCUUACCCAACUACCUCCCUCAGGGUCCUCGCGCAAGCGAUCAUAUCGGCAGAGCGAAGAUCUUAGUGAGGUCGACGCCUCUGAUGAUAGUCAAGAAGAAGAGGAAGAAACGUACGAAGAGGAGGAAGAAGAGGAGGAGGAAGAGGACGACUUUGAAGUGGACUCUCGGCCUAAUAGAGGGGGCAAGGCAACUACUACCUCAUCCAGCGCUGUACAUCAGCAUCGGAAAUUGCCGACUGAACGCGACGACAGCAUAUACGACGUUAUCCCAGAGGAACAGAGGCCUGUUAAAAGGAGCAAGACAGCUUCCUCAUCCGCUCCCGUCCACAAGAGCCAAGAACAGCAAGUGGAAUAUCCUCGCCCUACUGCUAGUACCGCCACCGCGCGGUCACCUCCAUCCGUCCCUCCGUCUGCCUCCCCAGACUUUGCCGCCAUCCAACGGGUCAAGGAUCAGGCUCGCAUGAAUGCGCGAUUGAGCCAGCCCAAGUCUCUUAAAAGACGAUUAGGCUGGAGCGAUCGCGACUCCGCCACAUUAAUCGACCUCGUUGCCCGCCGUGCUGCCAGCUGGGCCAUCAUUGAAAGGGAAGACAGCCAGCUUUUCGAGCUUCCGCGGAACCAACAAGCCUACCGUGACAGAGCUCGCAACAUGAAGGUCGAUUUCCUCAUCUCCGACGCGAUUCUGCCACGGGGGUUCGACCAGGUCACGCUGAGCAAGAAGGAAAUUGACCGGCUGCAGAAAUUGGGCAAGAAUCAUGCCCGGCGAGAGCGUGAUAUAGAUAGGAACGGCAGGCCCACGAAUACAAAGGCUGAUAGUAGUAUGUCCUGGUUGGAAGAUUAA